AUGCCGGCAUCUUGUACGACAGCGCCAGUAGAGUUCAUACCAGAAGCUACGAACUUGGCGGCCAAGGAGAACGCAAACGCGAGGUCUAGCGGAGGUGGCGGUCGUUUCCACAACGGCGCAAUGCAGGAGCUUCGAGUUGCUCAAUCCGUUCCAAGAACUAACGUCCCGAAAAAACAGGCAUCCCUUGGUGGCGAUGAGACUCUUUCGGAUACAGCUGCAGCAAUGUUCGACACCUCCACCCAGCGGGCAAAAUUUGAACGAGCGAUCGAGGUCCUUAAUGGUUUGGUGAAAGACGAUGCUAGGCAUGCCGACACAAGAGCCUGGGUGACGCGUUUUUUAAAGGGAAAUUCUGAGGCGCGUCUCAGCAAGGAAGAUUUGUUGCCUGUGUGGAUCCUUGUUAGCCCGGAAGCUGUCUUGGCGAUUGAUAUGAACGGCACGUCACAACACCAUAACUACAGUGAUGUCUCCGCCUCGCAAUCAGCUCAGUUUCCUCCUGAGAGCGGUAUUGUCUUCCCAUUGCAAGGCAUGAUCAACGACGGUGAGGUGAGACUCCCACAGAGUGCAUCAGAGGCAGCAAUGAUGAUGAUGAUGAUGACAGUGACUGGUCACGUCCGCUGGGGGUUCCCUAUCGGAGUUUUGUUUCUGUGUGAGCGUACGCGGGCGUCUAUUGUAUCUGACAUCUGUCAGAUGUAUCUCCCAUCAUUCCUACAGGAGUCGUACCCGAGGGGCGUGCCGCUUGAAGGGCAUUGGAUACCGCCAGAAGCGAAGAAAACAUAUAAGAAGCCGCACGUCAUGCCUCUGACGAAGUGUUUGCAGGAGUUUAUGCUCUCCUGCAUCAUGGAGGUGGGAACAUUGAGCGUGGUCGCCUUCUCGGGCGAUGGAAACCGCCUUAUGGGUGAGCAGAAUUCACAGACAACUCAGGAAUAUGUUUCGACACGCCAACCCCGGGAAGGUAAAGCCUGUACAAGCGGUGAUGACCUCGUCACGUUGCAGCCGAAGCAGCAGCAACGAUGUGAAACAGACGACAGACAAGAGGAGAUCACCUCUCCAUGGGAGAGCGACGGGACACAGCUGAUAUUCACCGCACGGCUCUUCACAUCGGGCGCCACACAGCAGUCUUUGGUGCCUAAUGUGGCAUGCCACGCCGUGCUAGUGCUAACCCCUCGAGGACCGUUGGAGCUCUUAGUUGAGAAACCCACUGCAGCGGUCACUGUUAAGGAUAUCAAGUUGAGUUUGCUUCGCUCUGGCCUUGGCCGCUCGUUGCGCCUGCAGCCGGACGCGGUUCGUUUUAUUUACGCACCAGAUCUCCCUGCGUUAGGUGAAGCUGAAGUUAUUGACUCGCGCUACGCUGUUCUGCGUCUGCAGAGCCACAAGUGA